AUGGCGAACUUUGCGACCCUAGCAGCUAUCUUUGCAGCCCUCCUGGUGAUGUCCCAUGCUGCUUCGGCCCAUCGGACCAUGAUAACCACCGUCGAGAUCGACGAUGACAACGAGAGUCGUGGAAGUGAGAGCUGCCGUGAGCACGUCCAGACCCAAAGCCUCGAGCAGUGUGAGGAGCUGUUCCUUGACAUUGGCCGAGGUGGUAGCCGACCCAGCGGUGGCGACAGGGAGCGGUUGAUGGAUUCGCAGCACUUCAGGCCUUGCUGCCAGCAGCUGAGGCAGGUGGACCAGCAAUGCCGGUGCCGAGGAAUUAGGCAGGUUGUGAAUGAGGAGCAGAGCGAGUUCAGACGCGAGGGACUGCACAGGGUGGUGAAAUCGGCUCGGGACUUGCCAUCAGCAUGCGGUCUCUCGAGUCCUCGUCACUGUCAGAUCAGAGCCAUCUGGUUCUGA